AUGGCUCUAAUGGUCCACCUGAAGACGGCAGCUCAUCUUCGGGGGAAAGGUGACAGGGUCGCCAAAGUUACAUUCAGAGGUCUGUCCUUCUACAGCCGUGUGGCAGAGAACUGUGAGGAUGUGGCCCACUUCAAUGAGAUGUUUCGGUGGCCCAUUGCCAGCAGGCUGGAUGGAAACGAGAUGCUGGAGAUCCAAGUGUACAAUUACAGCAAAGUCUUUUCCAACAGACUGGUGGGGACUUUCUGUAUGGUACUCCAGAAACUGGCUGAGGAGGGACACUUAGAGCUGACCGACACCCUCAUUGACGAUAACAACACGUCAAUAAAGACCAGCGUUACCAUAGAGAUAAGGUACCAGUCGAUGGAUGGCUCAGUGGGAGUGUGGAGCGACGGGGAGUUCCUCGAUGUUCCCGACGACCGUGAUGGGAUGUUUGCCUUUGAAACGGACAGUUUGCUGUCAGGACAAAGCCACGGGUCGGGGAUGUCUCCUGGACGAUCCUUACAGGGAUCCAUACCGACCUUCAGGAAAGCAGGGAAGGGAGUGUUCUCAGCCAUGAAGCUCGGCAAGAUCAAGAGCUCUAAGGACGAUCACAAGAGAGGAGAUGAGCCAGCGGUUCUGGAAAUGGAGGACCUGGACAGGAAGGCGAUGCGUCUUGCUGGAGCCCUGGACCCAGACACCAUCUCUCUGGCCUCUGUCACCGCGGUCACCACCAACGUCUCCAAUAAGAGGUCAAAGCCGGAUAUUAAGAUGGAGCCGAGCUCUGGACGCCCAGUGGAUUAUCAGAUCAGCAUCACAGUGAUCGAGGCCCGACAGCUGAUAGGCCUCAACAUGGAUCCUGUAGUGUGUGUGGAGGUUGGAGAUGACAAGAAGUACACGUCUAUGAAGGAGUCCACCAACUGCCCGUACUACAAUGAGUACUUCGUCUUUGACUUCCACGUCCCUCCUCACGUCAUGUUUGAUAAGAUCAUCAAGCUCUCAGUUAUUCAUUCUAAAAAUCUUCUUCGAAGUGGGACAUUGGUGGGAACCUUCAAGAUGGAUGUAGGGACUGUUUACUCUCAACCUGAACAUCAGUUUUACCACAAGUGGGCCAUCUUGUCUGAUCCUGAUGACAUAACAGCGGGGUGUAAAGGAUAUGUGAAGUGUGACAUCGCCGUGGUCGGGAAGGGCGACAACAUCAAGACCCCACACAAGGCCAACGAGACCGAUGAAGACGAUUUAGAGGGGAACCUCCUGCUCCCAGAGGGCAUCCCAGCAGAGAGACAGUGGGCAAGGUUUUAUGUGAAGAUCUACCGCGCUGAGGGACUUCCUAAAAUGAACACCACUAUCAUGGCUAACGUGAAGAAGGCCUUCAUUGGAGAGAACAGAGACCUGGUUGACCCCUACGUUCAAGUGCAGUUUGCUGGGCAGAAAGGGAAGACUUCAGUCCAGAAGAGCAGUUAUGAGCCAAUCUGGAACGAGCAGGUCGUCUUCACUGAGCUGUUCCCUCCACUCUGCAAACGCAUGAAGGUCCAGAUACGAGACUCGGAUAAGGUCAAUGACGUCGCCAUAGGAACCCACUUUGUUGACCUACGCAAGAUAUCAAAUGAUGGUGACAAAGGGUUCCUGCCCACCAUGGGUCCAGCGUGGGCCAACAUGUACGGUUCCACCCGUCAGUACACUCUGAUGGACGAGCACCAGGACCUGAAUGAGGGUCUCGGAGAAGGCGUGUCCUUCAGAGCCCGUCUCCUGCUCUCCAUCGCUGUGGAGAUCCUGGACACCACCUCACCUGAGCUCAUGAGCUCCACUGAGGUGCAGGUGGAGAGCGUCUCCAACAUCUCAGAGAGCGCCACUGGGAAAAUAGAUGAGUUCUUCCUCUUUGGUUCCUUCCUGGAAGCCACCAUGAUAGACAGGAAGAUUGGUGACAAAGCGAUAAGUUUUGAAAUCACAAUAGGUAACUAUGGCAACCAGAUAGAUGGUGUAAGCAAACCUUCAAUGUCGAAGAAGAAGAAGAAAGACGGUGAGAAUGAAGAAGAGGAGAGCGAGCUCAUACAGAACUCCAGUGAGGACGAGGCGGACGAGGACGGGGACCUGGUCUCUGUCUCCUCCACUCCUCCAAUGAAGCCUGUCAUCACCGACAGGAAUUACUUCCAUCUUCCCUACUUUGAAAAGAAGCCAUGUGUCUACAUCAAAAGUUGGUGGCAGGACCAGAGAAGACGACUUUACAACUCCAACAUGAUGGACAAGAGCGCUGACAAGCUGGAAGAGGGUUUAAAUGACGUUCAGGAGAUCAUUAAGACGGAGAAGGCUUUUCCAGAGCGCAGACUCAGGGGAGUGCUGGAGGAGCUCAGUGUCAGCUGCAGUCGGUUUGUGAUUCUGGCUAACAAGGAUUUGAACCAGGCAGGCCGAACCAAACUGGAUCGAGAGCGGCUCAAGUCCUGCAUUAGAGAGAUGGACAGCAUGGGCCAGCAGGCCAAACAGAUCCGAACUCAGGUGAAGAAAAAUACAGUCAGAGACAAACUCAAGCUGGUGCAGAACUUCCUGCAGAAGCUCCGUUUCCUCGCAGACGAGCCUCAGCACAGCAUUCCAGAUGUUUUCAUCUGGAUGAUGAGCAACAACAAGCGCAUCGCCUACGCCCGGAUUCCUUCCAAAGACAUCCUCUACUCCAUAGUGGAUGAGGAAAUGGGAAAAGACUGCGGCAAAGUCAAAGCUGUCUUCCUCAAGCUGCCCGGUAAGAAAGGGUUUGGUCCUGCAGGCUGGACAGUUCAGGCUCAGCUGGAGUUGUAUCUGUGGCUCGGCCUCAACAAGCAAAGGAAGGACUUUCUCAAUGGUCUGCCUAAUGGUUUUGAGGAGAUCAAAUCUGCUAAAAUGGGCCCUGGUCUUCACUCUGUCCCCCCCGUCAGCCUUGUCUACAACAUGAAGCAGGUGUUUCAGCUGAGAGCACACAUGUACCAGGCUCGCAGUCUGUUCGCUGCUGACAGCAGUGGCCUGUCAGAUCCCUUCGCCCGGGUCUUCUUCUCCACACACAGCCAGGUUACUGAGAUCCUGAGCGAGACUCUUUGUCCUACAUGGGACCAGCUGCUGGUGUUUGACGAUGUGGAGCUGUUCGGGGAGGCCAGUGAGCUUAGAGAUGACCCUCCAAUCAUUGUAGUUGAAAUCUAUGACCAGGACACUGUGGGCAAGGCAGAGUUCAUAGGUCGCACGUUUGCGAAGCCCACCAUCAAGAUGUGUGACGAGUACUACGGCCCCCCGAGGUUCCCACCACAGCUGGAGUACUACCAGAUAUACAGAGGGAACAGCACUGCUGGGGAACUGCUGGCUGCCUUUGAGCUUCUGCAGAUUGGUCAAGGAGGGAGGGCCGAUCUUCCUCCACUAGAAGGGCCGACAGACUCAGAGCGAGGACCCAUUCUGCCUGUGCCGCUGGGCAUCCGACCCAUCCUGAGUCGCUACCGCAUAGAGGUUUUGUUCUGGGGCUUGAGGGACCUGAAGAGGAUUAACCUGGCUCAGGUGGAUCGGCCUCGUGUGGACAUAGAGUGUGCAGGUCGAGGUGUGCAGUCAGUCCUCAUCCAGAACUACAAGAAAAACCCCAACUUCAGCACCCUGGUUAAAUGGUUUGAAGUGGACCUUCCGGAGAAUGAGCUUCUCCACCCUCCUCUCAACAUCCGGGUGGUGGACUGCCGUGCAUUUGGCCGUUACAUCCUGGUGGGGUCCCAUGCUGUAAGCAGCCUGAGACGUUUCAUCUACAGCACCCCAGACAAGACCUCCAACAACUGGGCCACUGCAGGUGACAUCAUCCUCAACAUGGACGCAGAGCCUUCGGUCCGAAAAAUGGACACGGUGGUCAAGUUAGACGCUACGUCUGACGCUGUUGUAAAGGUUGACAUGACCGAGGAGGGAAGCGACAAAGACAAGAAGAAGAAGAAGAAGAAAAAGAAGGGAGGAGUAGAGGAAGAAGAUGAGACGGAUGAGAGAGUGCUGGACUGGUGGUCCAAAUAUUUUGCUUCAAUAGAGACACUGAAGGAGACCCUCAGAGCCCAGGAAGCGGCUCAGGCAGAGGCCGAGGAGAGAGAGGACCUUGAGAUAGCUGCAGAGGCAGCAGAUAUCAAACCUGAUGACCUUCUUCUGAAAGGGUCCAAGACAAAGGAAAAGAGCAAAGAGAAGAAGAACUACAAGGACAAGAAGAAGGGUCAGGCUGCAGACGGCUCUGAUAAACGACCAGUUAAAGCAAAAGUGGAUGAGCUGGUGGUGUACAACAAGGAGCUGGAGAGUGAGUACGGAAACUUUGAAGACUGGCUUCACACUUUCAACUUGUACAGAGGAAAGGCUGGGGAUGACGACGAACACGCUCUGGAUGACGACAGGAUUGUUGGCAGAUUCAAGGGAUCCUUAUGUAUGUACAAGCUACCUCUAUCUGAGGAAAUCACAAGAGAGGCAGGAUUCGAUCCUAAUAUGGGCAUGUUCCAGAGCAUCCCACAUAACGAUCCGAUCAACGUCCUUGUCCGGGUCUAUGUGGUCAGGGCUACAGAUCUUCAUCCUGCUGAUAUCAAUGGAAAAGCUGAUCCAUAUGUUGUCAUCAAGCUGGGCAAGUCAGAGGUCAAGGACAAAGAAAACUACAUCUCCAAACAGCUCAAUCCUGUGUUUGGCAAAUCAUUUGACAUUGAGGCCACAUUUCCCAUGGAGUCCAUGCUAACGGUGUCGGUGUACGACUGGGACCUGGUCGGCACUGACGACUUGAUCGGAGAGACAAAGAUUGACCUGGAGAAUCGUUUCUACAGCAAAUACAGAGCCACCUGUGGCAUUUCAUCCAACUAUUCUGUCCAUGGAUACAAUGUUUGGCGGGACCCAAUGAAGCCCACUCAGAUUCUGGCGAAGCUCUGUAAGGACGGCAAGAUCGAUGGACCUCAUUACGGGCCAGGAGGCAAAGUCAAGGUGGCCAAUCGAAUCUUUAUGGGAUCUACAGAGAUAGAUGACGAAAAUGGUCUGAAGAAGCAGACUGAGGAGCAUUUGGCUCUUACAGUGCUGACCCACUGGGAGGAGAUCCCGAGGGUGGGCUGUAAACUCGUCCCUGAACACGUGGAGACCAGACCCCUGCUGAACCCCGACAAACCCGGCAUCGAACAGGGUCGUAUUGAGAUGUGGGUGGAUAUGUUUGCUAUGGACAUGCCUGCUCCUGGACCUGCGAUUGACACAUCACCACGGAAACCUAAGAGAUAUGAGCUCAGGGUGAUUAUUUGGAAUACAGACGAAGUAAUACUGGAGGACGAUGAUUACUUCACUGGGGAAAAGUCCAGUGACAUAUUUGUCAGGGGAUGGCUGAAAGGGCAACAGGAGGAUAAGCAGGACACAGAUGUGCACUAUCACUCCCUGACUGGUGAGGGAAACUUCAACUGGCGCUUCGUCUACCCCUUCGAUUACCUCAUGGCUGAGGAGAAAAUCGUCAUCUCUAAGAAAGAGUCUAUGUUCUCCUGGGAUGAGACCGAAUAUAAGAUCCCUCCUCGUCUCACGCUGCAGGUCUGGGACGCCGACCACUUCUCUGCUGAUGACUUCCUGGGUGCGAUUGAGUUGGACUUAAACCGGUUCCCUCGUGGCGCCAAGACGGCCAAGCAGUGUUCCCUCGACAUGAUCCGAAACGAGCAUGAGCUGCCCACCAUUUCCAUCUUCAAACAAAAGAGGGUCAAGGGCUGGUGGCCAUUUGUAGCCCGCGAUGAGAACGAUGAGAUGGAGCUAACGGGUAAGGUAGAAGCUGAGCUUCAUCUGGUGACGGCAGAGGAGGCGGAGAAAAGUCCUGUAGGGCUGGGACGAAAUGAGCCUGAUCCACUGGAGAAGCCAAAUCGCCCGGACACCAGUCUUAUGUGGUUUCUGGGCCCCCUGAAGUCCAUUCGUUACUUCAUCUGGCACAACUACCGCUGGCUGAUCAUCAAGGUCCUGGGGCUGAUACUGCUGCUGCUCAUGCUGGGGGUCUUCCUCUACUCACUCCCUGGCUACCUGGUCAAGAAGAUGCUGGGGGCCUGA